AUGUCGUCGUUAGACGAACUGCAGGCUGAAAUAGAGCGGUUGACUAAGGAGUUGAAUGAAACGACAGAGCAAAAACUGCAAGCCGCCGAGUAUGGUUUGGUUGUUAUCGAGGAAAAGCAGCAGCUACAGCAACAGUAUGAGGAUUUAGAAGCGCAGUUGGAAGCUACACGUAUUGAGUUAGAAUCAGCCAAAGAGGCACUCAGCAGACAUCAGAGCACAUUCCGCAAACAUCAUGAGAGUGGAGUUCAUGAUGACGAGAAAUUUCUGGAAGAGACAGCCCAAAGGGAGGAGAAUUACCAGUCCUCCAUCAGUGACUUGGAGCAAGACCUCAAAACUGCAAAUGCCAACUUAAUUAGGGUGGCAGGAGAGAAUGAACGUUUUGCAACAGAGAUUGCAGAAUUGAGCCAUCAGGUUUCCCAACUCAGGCAGAACCAGGUGGAGUUUGAAUCCACAAAGCAUGAAACACUGCGGCUGCAAGGAGACCUUGAAGACCUCAACAUGCAGCUCGAUGAACUUGCUGUUCUCAAAUCCAUUGUCGAGAGGAAGUUGGAGGAAACCCUCAACUCACUGGCCCAGGAGAGGGAGCAGAAACACAAUCUGAAGAAAGAGCUAGAUCAAAGGAUUACUCAAGAAUCCAUGUUCAACCUGAGCAACUUGGCCCACUUUGGUGGUCUCAGUGAAGGUCUGUCUUUUGGAAAUCAUCAUGAUCUGGAUGAGGAUGUUGAUGGUAGUGCUCAUCCUGCCCUCAAGAGAAUCGAAGCAGACUUCUCCUUCCCUGGAAGUAAAGUUCCAAGUCUAGACCAGUCCACUCCACGACCAGGCAUGGUUAAUGACCUUCUAAGUGAAUUACAGGUUACUGAAGUUGUCAAAUUGGAGACACAAUUAGAACAGUCUAAGUUAGAAAAGCUGGAGCUGCAGAAAGCUCUAGAUGAUGCUAGGAAACUGAUUGAAGACACACAGAGAGACCUCGUAGAGCAGAAGCAGAGGGCCGACCAUCUUAAGGACACCAUAUCUCACAUAACGUCACUACAUGAGAGGCCACAGUUGAUGCCCAGCGAUCUGCAGGUUUCCUAUGACGAAGGACUCCUGGCCGAAAUUUCCAGUGAAAGUGACCCUGACCAGAAAGCUUUGCUGGAACUCAAACAUGACUUUCAGUACAACCAGAAGAGGUACACAACAGCUGUCCGAGAAAUACACAACCUUAGAGGCGAGAUUAACCGACUGCAUAGUCAGAACACAGUUGUGGGAGAUUCGGAUAUUUGUCGCGCUUUAGAAGACCUGAAGAACAAGUGUGACCAGCAUGAGCAGACUAUCAAAGAACAAGAAACAAACAUGCAGUCGGCUGCAAACACAACGUCGAUGAGUCACAUCACUGAAGACCUGGCCCAGCUGUACCAUUUAGUUUGUCAGGUGACCGGGGAUACCCCCUCUCGUGUCAUGCUAGACCACGCCAACGGUGGAGUCUUGAGAAGGGCUCACGAGAAGAGUUCAGCUGUGAGAGAAAGAAAAUCUUCCUGUGGCAUUUUAGCAGAGACCAUAAAACAGACAUUGUUUGUGAAGUUUCUGCGUGGUGCAUUUGAUCGUCUGAUGGAGAUGUCCAAGCAGUGGAAGAAGCAGGGUGGUGACGGAGCAGAUGCCGGGGAUGACUAUCAGCAGGAGCUGCAGGAACAGGUGAUCAAACUGAGGGCCAUGUUGUCAACUAAACGUGAACAAAUCGCUACACUCCGCUCAGUUCUCAAGGCUAACAAAUCGACAGCCGAGAUGGCUCUCGCUCACCUCAAGCAGAAGUAUGAAAAUGAGAGGGUUAUAUUCACAGAGACAAUGGUGAAGCUGAGAAAUGAGCUGAAAUCUUUGAAGGAAGACGCUGCAACAUUUGCAUCAUUAAGGUCCAUGUUCGCUCAGCGCUGCAAUGAGUAUGUCACACUGCUGGAUGAGAUGCAGCGACAGCUGUCAGCAGCCGACCAGGAGAAGAAAACCCUCAAUUCCUUGUUGCGUAUGGCCAUUCAGCAAAAGUUAGCACUGACCCAAAGACUGGAGGAUCUAGAGGUUGAUCGGGAACGAAGGAACAUCACCUCAAGGCGCCAGGGUGGACCCAGGAAUACUAAAUUAGGAAAUUCUAAG